CUAGCGAGAGUGAGCUGUCUGUAUCGUCGGCGAUCUUCGAAGGUUGAAUUGGCUGGUGUUGGGUUGUGCGCAUGCGCCUUCCGGGAUUAAUGUCAAGGCACAAAAGUGGCGCUUCACCGUGUCGAGCUCUACUCCGGUGGUUGCCUUAGCGAUGGACGGGGAGUCGGAACCCAAUCCUGCUGUUCCGGAGGAGGAGGAGUUGGCGGCGACGCCGGCGGCAGAGGCAGCGGCAGAAGGGGACCACGUGGAGGCCACGGCGGCGGCGCCCACCGUGGUGGCCCCAGAGUCGGUUGCCGCGGCAACAGAUGACGAAGCGGCACCAAAGAAGGGCGGCGGCGAGGAUGACGACGACGUGGUUUUGCUAGAAGAGCAGGCCUCCGAGCUGCCGCCACCUUCACAGGAGUGUCCGGAGGCCCCCACUGACAUGGAGACGCAAGACGCCUCGCCCGCUGAGGCAACACCCGCAGCCGAGGCUGUGACCCCGCCCGCCGCCGCCACCCCGGACGCGUCCGAGCCCUCCAACCCCGCCUCGGCAGCCGAGCCUAUCGUCAUCGAUGACGAGGAGGAGCCUGAAGAGAAGCAGGGCGGCUCGUCGCCCGCCACCCUCAGCUGCACGGAACCACAUUCGGAUAUCCGCAUCGCCAACGUCACGACGCUGGGCCAGAAAAGGGGCGCCGGCGCCCUUCCGGGGGACGCUCAAGCUGACUUGAUGAUCACCUCUGUGACAUCCCUGCAGGGAGAACAAACGUCAGUCGACGGACCGGCAGAGGAAAAUGGUCUGCAGAUCAGCAACGCCUUCAGCCUGACCCCCGACAGCACGUCCAAAAGACCGAGCGCUUCCUUCAACCCGGGGCGGGGCUCGGCGGUGCAAAACGGCGACGCUGGGACGCAUAGCAGAACAGAUGACACGGGCUUCUCUUGUUCCCCCGCAGACUCAUGGAUCUCCCAGUCGGCGUCGGUGCCCCGCAACCAAAAGCAGACGGGGGUGGACUCUUCGUCAACCGCCACUUCCCUGCCCAAACCUCCGGGACAGUCUUCCUCUUUCUCGCCAGGCACCCAGCCGCAACCCAGGACUGUGAAGGUGACAUGUGCAAACUGCAAGAAGCCUCUCAAGAAAGGUCAGACGGCAUACCAGCGCAAAGGAUCUACGCACCUCUUCUGCUCCACCACCUGCCUCUCCGCCUUCUCGCACAAACCCGCACCCAAGAAAAGCUGUACCAUGUGUAAAAAGGACAUCACCAACAUGAAAGGUACCAUCGUGGCCCAGGUGGACUCGAGCGAGUCCUUCCAGGAGUUCUGCAGCACUGGCUGCCUGGGUGCUUAUGAGAACAAGCAGAACCCGCCCAAGUCCAGCCUCAAAACCAAAUGCACCGUCUGCGGAAAGCUCACCGAGAUCCGCCACGAGGUGAGCUUCAAGACGGUGACGCACAAGAUCUGCAGCGACAUGUGCUUCAUUGUGUACCGCCGAGCCAACGGGCUCAUCAUGAACUGCUGCGAGCAGUGUGGGGACUACCUGCCCAGCAGGGCCUCCGCCAACCACUUCCUGCUGGUGGACGGACAGCAGAAGCGCUUCUGCUGUCAGAAAUGCAUCAGGGAUUUCAAGCAGGCUCACAGCAAGCUGGCGAGCUGCCUGACAUGCAAGACCCUGAUCAAGACGGGCGAGGUGGUCCUGGGUCUGUCCGCCGACGGCGCCAUGGGCUCCUACUGCUCCAGCAAUUGCAUGAACAAGGCCAAGAUGGCCGCCACCACCUUCCACCACGCGGAGCCGUCGUGUCACUUCUGCAAGAGGAACGCGUUACCUCAGUACCAGGCCACACUGCCCGAGGGAAACGUCCUUAACUUCUGCAGCUCGCAGUGCGUUACCAAGUUCCAGAACGCCACACUCCAGACGACCACCAAUGGACAGACGACACUGUCCACCACCAAUAACAGCACGGUGCAGCUCAAGUGUAACUACUGCAGAGGAGUGUUCAGCGUCAAGCCGGAGACGCUAGAAUGGGAGGACAAAAUGUACCACUUCUGCAGCAAGGUUUGCUGCGACGACUACAAAAAGCUGCAUUGCAUCGUUACCAUGUGCGAGUUCUGCCAGGAGGAGAAGACGCUGCACACCACCGCCAACUUUUCGGGCGAGAAAAAGCCCUUCUGCAGCGAAGGUUGCAAGCUGCUGUUCAAGCAGGACUUCAUCAAACGUCUGGGCCUCAAGUGUGUCAGCUGCAACCACUGCAGCCAGAUGUGCAAGAGAAGCGUCACGCGCCAGCUCGGCGGCAUGACGCGGGACUUCUGCAGCGAGGCCUGUGCUAAGAAGUUCCACGAUUGGUACCACAAGGCGGCGCGCUGCGACUGCUGCAAGGUUCAAGGACAGCUGACGGAGUCGGUGAUGUGGCGCUCGGAGGUUAAGCAAUUCUGCGACCAACAGUGUCUGCUCAGGUUCUACUGCCAGCAGAACGAGCCCAUCAUGGCCACGCAGAAAGGCCCCGAAAACAGCUGCACGGGUAUUGAAUCACAAGCUUCCAAACUUGGGCUGGUGAGCCAGGGCACGGCGGCGUACGCGGGCGGCGGCCUGAUGAGGGACGUCAAAAACAAGGCGGUCCUCUGCAAGCCGCUCUCUCUCACCAAGGCCACCUACUGCAAGCCACACAUGCAGAGCAAGCCCAUACAAACGGAUGUGGAUGACGGCGUGAAGCGGGAGUACAUUCCCGUCCCCAUCCCCGUGCCCGUCUUCAUCCCCGUGCCCAUGAACAUGUACUCGCAGCUGACGCCCACGCCGCUCUCAAUGCCUCUACCAAUCCCCGUGCCAGUCUUCCUGCCCACCACCUUGCAAAGCACAGAGCAGAUUGUCCAAACCAUCCAGGAACUGAGAAGCAAGACUCCCUCAGAGCCCGUCGUCGCGAAGGAGGACUCGUCGUCCCUGACAGAAGGGACAUCGGACGAUCAGAAUGAAGAUGUGAAGCUUGAGAAAGAGACAAGUGAGCCUGAAGUUGAGGAAAUGAUCACCAGCAGCCCAAAGCAGGAGGAGGAGGAGGAGGAGGUGAAGACAGAAGGUAACGUGGACCUGAAGAAAGAAGAGGAGGAAGACGAUGCAAGUUACAUGGACCUGGAGGAGGACUUCCCUCUAGCUUCGGCGCCGUUCCAGGAGGAUGCGGAAAAGCAGGAGGACGAGCGGGCACCUCAGCCAAGGACACGAGGGAGCAAGAAGCUGGCGGUGGAACGCAACUUGGUCAGAAGCUCGUCGGUUCGCUCACCGCCCCUGAAAGCUCGCUACGGCCUCAACGCCUUCAGGCGCUGGAUGAGCCCCGCAGCGGACCCCCAAACCGCCGAACCGGCUCAGGUCGAUCCCACCGAGACCGACGUGCUGAAAAUGUCCGCCGGCGAGCUGAACGACAAGCUGAGCGGCUUCGUCAGGGAGGUGUGUCGACCCAACGGGGAACGAUACGCCCCGGACAGCAUCUACUACCUCUGCCUAGGCAUCCAGAAGCAUCUUCACACCAACGGCCAACAGAAGGACAUCUUCAGCGACCCCUGCUAUCAGGAGUUUGGAGAGGAGCUCAACAAAGUUCUGAAGGACUGGAAGCCCUGCCCGCUUCCUGAUGGUUCCGCGUUCAGCCGCGUAGACGAGCACUGCCUGUGGGCAUGCGGCCAUCUGGGCGGCACCACGCCCGCCGUCCUACUGCGCUCACUGGUCUACCUGAACGCCAAGCGCAUGCGCUUGCGCAGUGCCCAGCAGCACCUGGGCCUGUCCUUUGCCAGCGUCUACGGCCCGGACGCCACGCACCCCGUCACCACCGGCGAGUGCGUCCGGGUGCCUUCUCCCGUCUCUCAGGUUGAAAAGGAGUCCCGCAAGAGGAAGCUGGACCCUCAGGACUGCGAAGAAGACGAUACGGGAUCACCUGGUCCUAUCACGGAGCAAGAGCGACAACUUUUCCAGCUCUAUCGCUCAAAGUGCCCGGCCUCGUUGCUGGAACGCACGGACUUCUUCUACGCCCAGCCCGAUCCCGCCUGGGACGGGGACGCUUGGUUCUCCCCCACGCCGCUAGAGCGCCACACGCUGGAGAGCCUCCUCGCCAGAGUCCUGCUGGUGCGGGACAUUUACACGGACUCGCAGGAGCAAGCGGAGGAGGAAGGUGACGCCGAGUAGCACGUCUACUUUGGACACGUAGAUUGUUAGUAAAUCCACAGGAAGGCCAUAGUGAGUAGCUCUUCCAACAUUCUCUUAUGUAAACCUCCUUCAUUCCUACCGCCGAGCUCCACGACACGCCGCCCACGGUGAGGAAAAACUGGACGGGAGCGGUGUCACAUUUCCGGUGUGUUUCCGUUUUUUUUUCCUCCUUCCUCGGGGGUGGGGGUGCAUCCAGACAGUUACGGAAUGUUUUAGCCAGCUAACGAUGCGCCGCCGCCAAGCCCGAUCUAAAAUGCCGGUGAUGUCGUUUGGAGAACUCACUCAAAAGCGCCACAUUUGAAAAGGACAAUCAGCACAACAACUACGAGCCUUUUAGCGGUUGCCUUAGCAUCCCAUUCUUUAGUAGAGCAGGACAUGCAGUAUUUCCGAGUGUUAUAUCUGAGGGUUGCUGUGUACUCCAAUAUUGCGGAAGGGCUACGCGUUCGGGCUGAAAAAAGUAAUAACGCACGUUCGUAAAUAGACAAACGUUUUGUCCAUUACAUCACAUUCAUUGAAGAAAUGGUACUAUUAUUCACCGAUGAAAACGUCCACAAAUGCAAAAGCUAUGCUUUUUCGUUGUUUUUGUUUGUUUGUAGAAGUCCAAUAUUUGGAAAAUGAAAGAAUUUGGGCUGAGCCAGGUUCUAGCGCAGCAUUCCCAUUCCGCCACUCUUUUUCUCCUUUGUCACUUGUCCCGCGGUUACGUUUCAGCGCAACACGCUUUAUCCGGUAAUGCAACGUUUGCCCAAAGGCUUGGCGCACGCAAAUAUUAGCUAAUACCGCACAUGUUCCGCACUCGAUGUACAUUUAGCCUUCCGUUUGAAAAAAGGAUGCUGCUAUCUCCCUGCUUUUCCAACAGUGCCAUAUUUGCGCAGUAGCUUGAAAAGUGCAAAUAUUUGGGCAGAGAAGAGUAAAAGCGCACCCGCCCCAAACAUCUUUUCCCACAUCUGUUGAGAAAUGUCGUAACUUUUAGUCGACGUUAACUUGUUUUUGAUGUAUGCUUUUUGCAGCGUGGCUGUUAAGAAUUCCGGCUGAGAAACGUAAUGGCACACUUGUUCCCAACUAGCCACACAUCUGCCAUUUGUUGUCGCAUUUACUGAGGAAUGGAAUUAACACGGGUUGUAUACGCUUUUGCCGUUUAAUUUGUUCUCAGGAAAAGUCCAGUGUCUUGGACUCCCCACCUAUUUACGUUGAGAAAAGUAAUACUUCAUCCAUUGCGAGCUCGAUGUACAUUUUGUCUUAUUUGCUUCUGUUGGAAAACAAUGCUGCUAUUCAACGUUCAAAGAAGAACGACAAAAGAUGAACAAUGCACUUAUUGUAUUUUUGUCGCACAUUGUCGUUUGAAGUCAUACCUGUUAUUGUUAUUGUUAUAACAAACGACAGUUAUUACACAUUGUUGAACUUUCAGCGACUUUUCAGGAGUAUCUCAAUUCAUUUAACUUUGAUUUUCCUUUGUUAAAAAAUGAUGCUGUCGUUACAUGACGUUAAAAUGUUGAACCAUUUGAUUUCUGCUAAUUAUACAAACCUGAAAAUAUAUGAAUUGAGCAAAUAGCACUCCUGCUUCAAAUUAGCUCACUGCUAUUUGUAGUGACUAAAGUUAGGGCUCUCCCUAAUACAAAUACAAAUGACCAAUUCGUUUGCAAGCAGCCGCUAGAGGGCGCAGUAGAAAGCAAACAAAAGGAUCUCCUCAAACGACAUCACCAACAGGCAACGUAGGGUCGCACGCUCACUCGGGCUGGACUGUUCUGGUGACAUUUUGUCGACAAGGGAGGGGCGGGGCGGUAUGAACUGGGCUAGCCACGAAAGGGACAACGAAAAAACACUCACCAUAUUUUUUUAAAAACAUAUUUAUUUCUCCUUGUUUCUGUGUCCUCUUUUUGUACUUUGUUUUUCCAUAAAGCUCCUUUAAAAAAGAAAAAAAAGGUGAUUCUCCACAGGAAACUAUGAAAGGCGAGCAGCUUGUUUUGGUUUUUCCCAUUGUCCCGUUUUAUUUUAUUCAUCUGAUUCCUCCCAAGAAAAAGACUAAACUCAGGUUUGCGUUGAGAGGAUUUGCCGUCAAAAUGACUUCAAAUUUGUUUUGCUCCUUGGUUGAAAUGUUGGGCGGCAAGCUUAAUUUGGAUGAAUUGCGGUGACGAACGGAGCAUCUUUUUCGGACAUCAGCGCUCUUUAGUCCGCCUACAGGGAGGCCGGUCGGGUUUGCGCCUGAUUACCGGAGUUGAAUUGGAAAACCUUUAAGCGAACCCGUCGGGGUGGCGUCGAUGCCAACCUGGGUGUCGCCGCUGACUCGGGUGUGAAUGUGCCUCAGUGUGUAAAUAUGAACGCGUGUGGUGUGUGCUCGUCUUCAAUAAAUGAUCUUUUCUUUUUCUUUUUUUCUAA